GCCCAAAAUCCUCAAAACACCUCUUCAAAAUGGUUCGAAUGACCGCGAUCCUGGCCACGGCUAUUCUCAGUCUCGCAUAUGCUGCUCCGCUGAGCCCUGCUCAAGAAGAAGUUAAACCACGAGAGCUAUCUUAUGUGAAUAGCCGUGCAGCGGAAUUGAGCUAUGUCAAUUCUAAGCGUGAACCGGAACUUAGCUACGUUAACUCCAAACGCGCUGAACUCAGCUAUGUGAAUUCGAAACGUGAACCGGAGUUGAGCUAUGUGAAUUCCAAGCGCGAGCCAGAGCUAAGCUACGUAAAUUCCAAGAGAGAGCCCGAGCUCAGCUAUGUGAACUCCAAACGUGAAGCCGAGCCAGAGCUCAGCUACGUGAAUUCAAAGAGAGAGCCAGAGCUUAGCUAUGUGAACUCCAAGCGGGAGCCUGAGCUGAGCUAUGUGAAUUCGAAGAGAGAGGCAGAAUUGAGCUACGUCAACUCCAAACGUGAAGCCGAGCUCAGCUAUGUCAAUUCUAAACGUGAAGCCGAGCCUGAGCUUAGCUACGUCAACUCCAAACGUGAAGCCGAGCUCAGCUAUGUCAAUUCUAAACGUGAAGCCGAGCCUGAGCUUAGCUACGUCAACUCCAAACGCGAGCCUGAGUCGAGCUAUGUGAAUUCAAAGAGAGAAGCAGAGCUUAGCUAUGUCAACUCCAAACGUUCUCCUGAACUAAGCUACGUGAACUCCAAGCGGGAGCCCGAACUCAGCUAUGUCAACUCCAAGCGUGAAGCCGAAGCCGAACUCAGCUACGUCAACAGCCGGCACACACACAAGGAAUAGGUUCCCACAUCUCACAUCUCACAUCCCACAAACCUAUUCCGUGUUUCUUAGCAAGGAUUCCACAAAGACAUCCACGACACUUUCCUCUCCCGGACAAAAACAGAAACACAAAGCAAAAUCUAAAUUGGACACACACACACACACAACCUCCCUCUCUAUUUUGAUGGAUUUAGUUUCCCUUUUUUUCAAUUUCCUUAUCCUCGUCGUCACACCAGAUCAAGGCUCUCUCAUUCCCAACUUCCAGCUUCCAACUUCCAAUUUUUCAUACACAGUACAAUCCAGUUUGCAGAAUAAAUCAAUGAAAGCACGUUACCGAUUCUCA